AUGUCUGCUGCUGGACCCUUCCAGGAACGCAGCGGCCUUGGCACCUUCGCGGCAGUCCCCUCCUUCCGCCCACUCCUGCUCCAGACGCUCGAAAAUCCGCCCCAGCAACAGGCCCCGCCCCUCACGACAGGCCCCACCCCGCGCCUUCCAAGUCGCCCGCCUUCCCCUUGGCGGCGUCCGCCGGCUCUGGCCGUGUCCCGGCCCUGUGCCCAGUGUUCGGCCCCGUGCCCAGUCCCUGGUCCGCCCCCGGAGCUUCCUCCCUCGGGACCCCGCGGCCCGCCCGAGCGCCCCCGGCCCGCGCCGAGGGAGGGUGCGUGGCGCACACGUGACACGUGCUGUGGGCGGAGCCUGCGCCGGCAGAGACGCCGGCGGAGGUGGCCCGGGGGAGGGCGGGCGCGGGCCUCGCCUAGCUCUCGCCCCGGAGCUCGCGUAGGCCUCGGUCGGCCCGCCCGCCCCGCCCCUCCUCUGGCCCGGCCGAGGCCCUGCUCUGGCUCCUCGCCCGGCGAGCGCUGCGCUAGGCCUCCCGUUGACUUUGCCACUGUUACGGCGCCUCCUCAUGCACCCUCCGCGCGCAGCGCGGCUUAG